AAACAAAAGCAAUCUCCUGGAGAUACCGCAACUGGAUUAGCUAUCUGGGGAUCAUAUGAUAUGAUGAAAUGAUGGCGGAUAGCCACUGGCUGAAUUGGUGCCGUCUGUGUGCCAAGGACGAUGUGCGCGGCAAUGUGAAAGUUUAUACGAAUGAGAAAGGUCAGGGAACCUGGGACAAUGUCAUGAUUAUGGCCAUCCGCAGAUAUUUCGAGGUGCAUAUGCGACUGGAGGAUGAGCUAAGCAGCGUCCUUUGCACAGAGUGCUACACCCUGAUAAGUGAACUAAUCGAUUUUGCUGAGCAUGUCACCAAGGUGCAGGCCAUCUUUGAGGUUCUGCGCCGCACGGAGACCGAGCAGAAUAAACAGCUGGAUGUAUUAGCUCUCAGACAGCAGUAUGGACUCUGCGAGGCCGACUGGUCGCACAUUAUCAAGCCGAUGCCAGUGCCAGAGACCGAGCCCAGUCCUGCCAAACCAAUAGAACUGGAAACUGAAGUUUCCGUGGAAGAUCUCAUUUAUCAAGACCACGUAGAGGUAUUAAAUGAAUCUGGAAGCCUACCCAAGCAAGCGAAGAGAAUACAGGGAGCGGAGGAAAGCCAGAAACAACAAUUUAAUAACACUCCAUCCGGCAACAAGCAGGAAUUUGUAGAUUUAAGUCCAUUUUUUCAGGGCGAGAAGCUAUUGAAGAACAACAUGGAUGCCAUCAUAAAUGAUUUGGAAGCAGAAGAUGUUCUAAUUGCUGAACCGGACGUCAUAAAACGACAUCAUGAGCGGAUUGAUUCGAGUUUGGAAGCACCUUGUGGUGCAGACGACGAAGAUAUCAAGCCGGAUGUGUCUGUCAACUAUGAUGAUGAUCAAGAAUUUCUACACGAACAACCUAGUCCCGCGACACUCGCGAUUGAACCACCAAUAAGUGCAUCUCCAACUGAUGAAAACUCUCGUACGGACAACGACGAGACGAAAAGUAAACCUCUCAGGUUGGAACAUCCCAGCAAACGCUGUCGUAUGGAAUGCAAGAGAUGCGGCAAAACUUACAGGAAUCGUGCCUCCUACGAGAAGCAUAUCGAUCAAGAAGAGUGCCAGAGAAUCGUUCGCAAGGUGAAGAUGGAUAAGAACACGAGCUGCGACCUCUGCCAUAAGACACUCUCGUCGGUAUCGGCCCUGAGGCUGCACAAGGAGGGUAUGCACGAAAACGUCAAGCCAUUCGUGUGCGACAGUUGUGGCAAGCAGCUAAAGACAUUAACAGCGUUAAAUGAACACAAGCUGGUCCAUACAGAGAGUCGUCCUUUUGAGUGCCCCGUAUGCAAGGCGGGUUUCAAGAAUCGGGCUCGUCUGAAGGUUCACUGUCAGAUCCACGAGGAUCCUAGCUUCAUAUGUAAUAUUUGCGGAAAGAAGCUGCAAACGCGACGCACCUGGAACAUGCACAAGGUGGUUCAUAAGGAGGAGCGUAACUUGAAAUGUGAGGUCUGCGGAGCCCUCUUCAAACGGUCAAAGACUCUGAAGACGCAUUUGCUUAGCCACACGGGUCUAAGACCCUAUAUCUGUAACUAUUGCGGAAAAACAUUUGCCUGCAAUGCCAAUUGUCGUUCCCACAAGCUGAAAAAACAUUCGCAGGAGAUCCAACAGGGCGAUCGGGAGGGCAUGCCAUCUCGUUUGAGUGUUCCCACUUUGGAAGAGCUGCGUGUCAUAACCCAGAAACUUCCAAAAGACGAAAAGCAGCCAUGAAGAAACAAAAAUUAAGUCUAAUUCCGAAUAAAUACAAGUGUUCUAUU